GCAGAUGGCAGUUGCGACGUGCGCUUUUGGGAGUCUGAUAGAUUGCCUGCCAUGCCAUCCAGCGGCCGAGAAAACCUAGGCUGGAAGAUCGGCAACAAGGACAUCGGUGCUUCCUUUACCAAGCAUCGGGAUCGGACAGAUGUUGUGGCUGACUAUGCUCCUGGGAGGCCCCGGGUGUAUUUGGACAUCGCCAUUGACGGAGUGGCCGUGGGGCGGAUUGUUUGCGAGCUGUUCAACGACGCCGUGCCAAAGACUGCGGAGAACUUUCGCUUGCUUUGCACCGGCUCACGCGGCAUAGGCAAGCGAGGCAAGCCAUUGCACUACAAAGGUGUGAAGUUCCACCGGGUAGUGCCCAACUUUGUCAUCCAGGCUGGGGACUUCACCCAUUGUGAUGGGACAGGCGGUGAGUCAGUAUAUGGCCCGACUUUCCCGGAUGAGAAUCUGAACCUGAAGCACACCGCGCCUGGCAUCUUGAGCAUGGCCAACAGCGGCAAGGACACAAACUCUUCGCAGUUCUUCAUUUGCAUGAAGGCCUGCCCCCAUCUGGACGGCAAGCACUGCGUCUUCGGCCGCGUCAUUGAUGGGAUGGAGGUGGCCAGGCGCGUUGAGAGCUGUGGUCCGAGUGCCGGUACUGCAGUCAUCGACGACUGUGGCGAAAUCAAAGGCUCUGCCGCUGCUGCGAUCAGCGAGGACUUGGCCGGCCCUGGCUUAGGUGACCGCCCGGCCAAACGACGCCGGGCUGAUGCAGCUGAGGUGCAGGUGAUGCACAUCAUCAAGAAGCACAGCGGCUGCCCAGAUCCCACGGAUGCCCAGGGCAAGCCUGUGAAGGUGACGAAAGGGCGCGCGAAGCUGUCCCUGGCCAACAUCAGGAAGAAGCUGGCCAUGAGCCCGGACCUGCCGGCGCUGCAGCGGGCCUUCGCGAGCUGCGCCAGGGAGCAGUCCGACGACCCCAAGGCUGAGACUACCAACGGGGAGCUGCGCCUCCAGCCCGGAGACAGGCCCGAGCUCGAGGAGAUGGGCUUCUCGCUGGCGGUGGGGGAGAUCUCCGAGCCCUUCGAAAGCCCGGAGGGCUGCCACCUGCUGCUGCGCCUGGCGUGAGGCGAAGGGCCAACGUAAAGGAGACGCCUCAGCCUAUCGCAGUUGAUACUGCAAGGGCAGGGACGCUGGGGGGCCAAGCAGAGCCCAUGAGCGGCCAGUGAACGUUUGCUGGGCGAGCGAGCGCUGGCCGUCAGGCAGUGAGCAGUGGAGUGGAAAAAGGAGCUGCUUGGAUGGGGCCAGCGUUGAUUUCUGUUCUAUUUUGCCGUCGGUGUGCAGGGUUCUGAUUCGGGGCGGUUUGUCGACGCUAGGCCCACCCCCCACCGUCAGCCGCAGCUCACCGAUUUGGAUGCCAC